AUGCUUGAAAGGCGAGGGGCUUGUGCAAAACAAAGGAUUGAUAAAUUAGUCUCCCACUUUUCAGGCCUGGUAAAGGAGAAGAGGAAAAAUACUGCGUUUUGUAACUUCAGCAGUAGAAAAACUUUAAUUUAUGAACAUAUCCAUGAUGCUGAUUUUUUAAUGAGGAAAGGUAAUUCCAUUAAUUCGCUAUUUAACUAUAUAUAUGUGAAUGAAAGAAUUCGUGAAAUAAAUUCUAUCCUUGCGAAUACAAAAAAUGGAAGAGGUACACAGCAGAAUUAUCCAAACACAGAUAUAAUUGAUGACGAAAAAAUUGACAAGGUCAUUGAAAAUUUGUACAGACUAUGCGUUAAAGGAAAUAUUGACACAUCUGAUGAGCGCAUAAGGUACUACAUAGAUUUUGUUCUGAGUUAUGUAAAUGAAUAUAUGGGUAACAAUGUACCAAGUGCUAUCAAUAAGGGAAUAGAAAAAGAUAGGAUAGGAAAAAAGUUCAUAAGCGUAAAGAGUUAUUUACGCUUUUUAGACAUUUUAAAAGUUCUGAAUAUAAAAAAUGAAUUUAACAGCUUACUCAAAUAUGUUAGUGAAAAUAUACACUUUUUCCCCAUAGAUAUUGUUAAAAAAAUUGCUUUUAAUCACGAUUUAAAUAGAAAUUAUUCUUUUUUUUUUAAAAAUGUUGUAGAUUAUAUGUACACUUUAAUUCAAUCUAACAUUGAACUGUAUUAUAAAGAGUUACAAAAUAUGAAUGAUUGCAUAAAUAUAUACACACAUUUCUUUUUUGCAAAAAAAUAUAAUCAUGAAAAAAAAACAUAUGAUUAUGAAAUUAACGAAGAUGUUACUUAUUUUCAUAGCUUGAAUUAUAUUUAUAUAAACCAUAUCCUUACGUUUGGAAAUUUGAUACGUUCUAAGGAAAAAAACACUUAUGAAGAAAAAAAAUACACCAAUAAAAUAGAAAUGACGGAAAAAAAACAAAAUGACCAAAAAGAUUUUUCUCAGGGGAACAUGUGUAAAGAAAGUACAAUAUACUCUGAUAACAUUUCUCCAAUCAAUAAUGAUCCAAGAGAAGGUGUGCAUAAUCGACAGAAUAAGGAAAGAUAUAAUAAUGUAUCACUCGGAUGGAUAGACCAUCUCACAGCGUCAUUUAACAAUUUGGAAAAAAAGACACAAGAGAAUAAUUUCACCUUACAAGGAAGAAACGAUGAAAAGAGGAAAAAGAGAUUAAUCAAGGAGACUAAUCAAAAAAAUAUUAUAACCUUCACUCCAUACAUUGCGAAAGAAUGUGUAUUAUGCGUGGAAAACUUUCAUUUUAAUUAUCAUAUGGUUGAUACAAUUUAUGUAUUAUUUAACUACUACACACACUUGCUAUAUAAGAAAAAAAAACAAACAAAAAAAGAAUUUUUAUUUUUUUUUAUACCUGAUAUAAGAGAAAACAUUACUGAUAUACUUUUAAAUUUUAUUAAUAUUCUAAGCAAUGAGAUAAGGAAAAACAAAAUUGUAAAAAAUAAAAAAAUUAUUGACUCCUUAGAAAGAAUACUAAAACUGGGUGAUGCUUUUGAAAUACCUUUCACAUUGGAGCCCUUCAUCAUUUAUCACUGUAAUGUUUUGUUGGUAAGUAAAUUUGAUUUAUCCUUGUUAGACAACAUAAAAAUAUUAUCUCUUUUUCGAGAACUCAAUCGUGUACAAGGGACAAAAUUGAAAAAGCAGAAAAGCCUCGUUGGUGAGAAAGCUUAUAUAUCACACGAGUGGAAUUCUUGUGGUGUGGAAAAAAAAACCUUUAUCGAUGAAAGAAGUGCAAAGAAAAAUGAUAAAAAUUAUGACCAGCUAGCCAAAAUGGACAACAACUGUUUGCAAAAGGGAGAAAAAAAAAAAAAAAAAAAUCCAUCCACGGACCAGUUCCACACAAAGUUAAGCAACACGGAUGGAGGCACCCCUGUGUGCAACACGAAUAAUGACCACUUCAUGGGAAACAUGAUAAAAUUAGUUUUCGAUAAUUUAAAAAAAUGUUUGCAUAACGCAAAAGGAAACGAUGUGUGCAUGUUGAUGCCUGCAGUUUACGAGUUUCACAAACACAUGGAUGAAGAAAUAAAAAAUAUAUUAACAGUUCAAGUGACUUGUAAUAAGGACGAUAUUAACGAACAGAACCUAGUGAAUAUAUUGCGAGUAUUUUGCAAAAUAGGGUAUAGAAAUGAGCUUAUUGACAAAUUCUUAUAUAACAGUGUGAAGUUUUUAACGGAUGAGAAAAUCAACAAAAUGAAAGAUUUUUCCACCAAUGAAGAACAUGAUCGUAGCAAUUGCAUUCGAAAGGAUCUUAUAAUAGAUGAUGUUUUAAAAAAUACGCCCUUUUCAUGUCCCAAGUUAUUUCUUCUCUUUUUUUAUUACAAAGGCAAGAGUUGUUUAUUUACGUACAAGGAUAUUUAUUAUGUAGAAAAUUACGUUCAGAAUUCCUUUUUUGAAAUGAACAUCAAAGAUUUUAUUUACCUAUUGCUGAUAUAUCACAGGAAUAAGAUUGUUUUAUUGCCCCAACUACUGCUUAAAAUUUUUUCCAUUUUUAACAAUGGGAAGAAGUACAUAAGCGUGGACGAUUUACUGUUCGGUUUGUUUUUGCUUUCGAAAAAUUAUCUCUGUCUCGCGAAUUCUUCGAAUGGCAAGAAAGGAAACGCAUAUUACCAAAACAAUUUUAGCGUGAUUGAAAAAAUUAAUCUAUUUAGGAAAAGUAAGUACUGUCAACCCCAUAUUGACAAUAUCAUCAGUGUAGUUAACGACAUGCUGUUGUAUCUUUACGACGAUAAGUUGAUCAACUGUAAGGCGGACGAAAUGAAGAAACUACAACAAGAAGGAAACAUAAAGAGCUCAGACCUGUUGGGGAAAGAAACAGAUAGACAUAUUGAUAACCAUUGCGAAAGGAGUGAAAUGUGUGAGAACAUGGUUAAUAAGGGAAUGGAUCCCCUUCUUGUAGCCAAUGAGUCAUGGAAUAAUCGGAAAGCAAAUUUUAAUGAUCUAAAGUAUAAUAUGAUAAUGAUGAAAAUUUUUUAUAAUUUGUAUUACAACCUUUUAAAUGUUCAAAAAAAAAAAAAAAAAAUAAAAAUUCUGAAUAGUCAUCACGAAAAAUUUCUCACAUACCUAUUUUCAUGUUUUAAUGAUAAUUUUUUAAAACAUGAAAAAGACAUAAAUUACAUUUCUCCACUACUAUACUAUUUUAGCUAUUUCAAUAUUUACUCUCCUUUCCAUUUUGAAAAACAAAUUUCUUACAUACUAAAAAACUGUGCAUUUGAUUAUAAACUGUUCAGAAAUAUAUUGCUUAGUCAUAUUUUUAUUAAGAAAAAAAUACCCACUGAAAUAAAAAAUUGUAUGAAAGAAUAUGUCUCAAACAAUUAUGAAAGAUUUCCUCAAAAUAUCCAAGUGGAAACAUUUAAAUUUUGCAACCAUUUUUUAGUCAUAAAUGGGGAGAAUGAAAAUGUAGAUCAGGAUCAGGCUUUAUUUAAGAAAAUGCUAAAUAUUAUACUCUCAAAUUUGCAAAAAAUGAAACCAAAGCAUUACCUUGACAUAUACAUAACCAUUAGCAAUAAUUGCGUGAAGAUAAAACAGCACUACAUUAAUCUCUUUAAUCACAUGAACAGACAUGCUUCCCAAUACACCGGUGAGCAGUUAAUGUUGAUACUUUUUUACAUGUACAAGACAGGUUAUAGCAAGCCAAAAAUAAGGAAAAAAAUAAGAAAUUUAAUAUUGCAUUAUCACAAGAAAAGGCAAAUUAACCUUAGCACAUAUAUUAAAUAUGUGCUACCCUUGGAUGAAUUCGGUAUUUAUCAUCUAUUCCCUGUGAAGUUCCAGCAAAUUAUAUACGACAAGCUAACCGAAGAUGUGAGAGAUUGUGUGCGGGAACCCUUAAAUGAUAAAGCGGAAUGUGAAAUCGAAACGAAGGAAAUGAAAGAUAGGGAGAAGAAAAACGCACCAAUAUAUAUAUUUGAACAAAUGGUUAAAAGUUCCUGA